GGAUUGCGCGUGCGAUUUUCUCUUUGCCACAUUUACCCUCGUGAGAAACCCGAAUGACCUUCUUUCUUGUAUCGGAUCGUACCCUCUCUGAUCCCUCUCCUGUUCUACGAGCCCAAGUCUCCAUUGACGACCACGACCGCUCUCUAAGGUGUCUCCCUCUCAGAUUUCGAGUUCAGAGUGUCCGAAAUUCCCGAUCCCAAACAAAUGGUGCUUGGCUAGUAAGAAAAGAAAAGACAAGAAAGGAGCGGAAAAAUUAAGAUGGAGUUGUCUUCUGAGAGGAUUAACGUCGCCGAUAGUGCUCGGAAGCUUGAGGUUAACAAUCGGAUUUCUCUCUGGUAUUACUUCCGGAUCGCCGACACUAUUCUCAAACAGGCUGACGUCUUUCGAAGAGAGAAGAAUAUUAUAGAUCUGUACAUUAUGCUUUUAAGAUUUUCAAGUUUGGUCUCUGAGACAUUACCAUGCCAUCGAGAUUACAGAGCAUCUCUUCAAAGCCAAAAAGUUUAUUUGAAAAAGAAAUUUCUGAUGGCAUUGACUGAGCUGGAGGAGUUGAAGCCUGUAGUGCAGCAGAAGAUCAUUGAAUUAAACAGAAAACAAGCACAUCAAGUAAACGGGCUGGGCCAGUUUCAUCAAAAUAAUUCAUUACAUUGGUCUCCAGUUAAAAAGCAAACCCUAACUAAUUAUGAUGUAACAAAGGCUACAAGACCAGCUGCACCUCAAUUCAACUAUCAAGGUUCAAGGGCUCAACAAUUUUCAUAUGCCAGGCCUGUGGAAGAGCAAUGCCGCAAGUUGUAAGUGAUUUAAUAUUCUAAAAGGGUUCUCCUCAAAGUGGUUGGAGUUGUUUUUGCAACUAUAAAUGUGCUGCACAUACCUACUCUUAGUUGUAAUUAUUUCUUAAUUGAGUUGAGUUGUUUUGUUUACUGCAUCUUUAAAGUCAUAUACUACUAGGCAUCAUUACUUACAGUUAAACGGAUACUAUGUUUGCAUCUAUCUAGGACUGAAUCAUGUUCUCAGUCUUUUGCGAUUCUCCUUUGCCCUAUUGUUUGAUGCCAUCAUUCGCUUUUUAUUUAUCAUACAGGAGCAUUGCGGCUAAUAAAAAUAUGAUACUCUUGUUGCAUUGUAAAAAGAAAUAAAUAACACUUGAUGUAAAAUGC